AUGGGCUAUCUAUUCUACUCGAUAACCUUCCUCUUCCUGGUCAGCGCAACCGCGCUCUACCUAACCAAACACCUCUGGAUCGCCCACGCCCCACCAAUCCCUUACCUCACCGCCCCCGGCCACAUCCCCGAGCCCCUCUGGCGCCUCUCCCAAUCCCUGCAGCGUCUAAACCCCUUUGCUCAAAACGCCUACAUCAGUCUAGGCCAAAGCAGUUUCGAAGACGACAUUGAAGCAGGCUUCAGCAGUUCAAACUUCGACUUGCGCGAGAAUGUGGAAGGCGGAGAUAGUAGACAAGGUCUGGAUGAGCAGGGCAAGCAGAGAGUAAGGGCGAUUAUGAAGAGUAGGGGUUGUGGGUUUGAUGAGGCGAGGAGGAUGGUCAUGGAGGAGAGGUUCGGGAGGGAGAAUAUUGAUAAGGAUGGUAGGCCGAGGGAUCCAAAGGCCGUCAUGUUUGACAGGCUGUGA